AUGCGCAUGUGGAAUUUACUUCCCGAAGACGUGAAGAUGGAUUGCAUAGCACGUGUACCGAGAUGCUACUAUACAACUCUCUCCCUUGUUUCCAAAUACUUUCGCUCACUUAUUGCAUCGCCUGAGCUAUAUGCGAGGCGAUCCCUCCUCGGCCGUGCCGAAUAUUGUUUCUACCUAGGGUUUUCUGACACAUCAUCAUCUUAUAUGAGCUGGUAUACAUUCCGCAGCACGGACAAAUGUUUGGCCCGUAUACAAUCCAUCCCUUGUGUGCCUAUACAUUCAAUAUGCGUUGUUGUCGGCUCGAAUAUAUAUAUGAUCGGUGGACUUUACAACAGGAAAGGCACACCAGAUGUAUCAGUCAUAAGUUGUGUAUCUCACAAGUGUGAAAUUCUCCCUAGAUUCCGAAGAAAUGUUGCUGGUCGCUUGCCGAUAGGAUUCUUUGACCGAAAAAUAUACCUAAUUGAUUACUAUGAUGAUCAUGAUCCUAGAAUCAUGGUGUUUGACACGGAAUCGCGCACAUGGGGACUUGGUGGAAGGUCAAAAGUGGAGGCAGAAGAUCGUGUGGUUGGUUGUGUGGGGAUGUCCGGUAAGAUUUAUAUGACUACUACUAAGAACGGCUACAUUUGCCACCUAAAUGAAGGAGAAGGAGGUGCAUGGGAGACAGACGAGAUCAUGAAUUCUGAGCAGUGGAUUGAUCCAUGCAUCUUGGAUGACAUGUUAUAUUCUUAUGAUGAAUAUAAGAACAGUUUAUGC